CAGGGCGAGAUCUUCACUUCCUGGUUAAACAUGGCGGAUGAGAAUGAGACAGCACCGCUGCCGGAGAAAGAAACGGAGGUAGAAGAGGAUCACGGACACUGCAGCAAUUGUGAAAAUGAAGAGCAUCACUCCGAUGACGGGGAGAAGGGCGACACAGGUGCCAAGAAGAAGAAAAAGAAACAGAAGAAAAAAAACAAGGACAAGUCUGGAGCAAAAGAUGCCGCUCAGGAUCCUCUGGCCAAAGUAAACUCCCUGCCUGCUGACAAGUUACAGGAAAUCCAGAAGGCUAUUGAGCUGUUCUCAGUGGGACAGGGUCCAGCUAAAACCAUGGAGGAGGCCACACGUCGCAGUUAUCAGUUUUGGGACACUCAGCCUGUUCCCAAACUUGGUGAGACUGUAACGUCACAUGGCUGUAUUGAGCCGGAUAAAGAUAAUAUACGAGAGGAACCCUACAGCCUCCCGCAGGGCUUUACCUGGGACACUCUCGACCUGGGAAACGCUGCAGUGCUGAAAGAGCUGUACACACUCCUGAAUGAGAACUACGUGGAGGAUGACGAUAACAUGUUUCGUUUUGAUUACUCUCCUGAAUUUCUGCUCUGGGCUCUACGUCCUCCAGGCUGGUUGCCUCAGUGGCAUUGUGGAGUGAGAGUGAACUCUAAUCAGAAGCUAGUCGGAUUCAUCAGUGCCAUUCCAGCCAACAUCCGCAUCUACGACAUAGAAAAGAAGAUGGUGGAGAUUAACUUUCUGUGUGUGCAUAAGAAACUCCGUGCGAAACGAGUGGCUCCGGUGCUCAUCAGGGAGAUCACCAGACGAGUCAACCUGGAGGGCAUCUUUCAGGCUGUGUACACUGCUGGUGUGGUGCUGCCCAAGCCAGUGGGCACCUGCAGAUACUGGCACCGUUCUUUGAAUCCACGAAAGCUGAUUGAGGUGAAGUUCUCUCACCUUAGUCGCAACAUGACUAUGCAACGCACCAUGAAGCUCUACCGGCUGCCAGAGGCUCCUAAGACUGCAGGUCUGAGGCCGAUGACUAUAAAAGACAUCCCACUGGUUCACCGCCUGCUGAAGGAAUACCUGAAUCAGUUCAACCUGGUUCCUGUCAUGAGCCCUGAAGAGGUUCAACACUGGCUGCUCCCUCAGGAGAACAUCAUUGACACCUAUGUAGUGGAGACUACAGAUGGGAAGGUGACUGAUAUCCUGAGCUUCUACACUCUGCCGUCCACCAUCAUGAACCAUCCUGUGCACCGCAGUCUGAAGGCGGCGUAUUCCUUCUAUAAUGUACACACCACCACCCCACUGGUGGACCUGAUGGGAGACGCUCUUGUCCUCGCCAAGUCGAAAGGUUUUGAUGUCUUUAAUGCACUGGAUUUAAUGGAGAAUAAGACAUUUUUGGAGAAGCUCAAGUUCGGCAUUGGAGAUGGAAACCUGCAGUAUUACCUCUACAAUUGGAAAUGUCCCAGCAUGGGUUCAGAAAAGGUGGGAUUGGUUCUGCAGUGACCCGUUCCACCAUCCACAAGCUCCGUCUCGUAUGACAGCGAGGCUGAUCUUUGACAUCACGCACUGACCACUUGACAGAUGCUCCCGAUGGACUUCCUGGUUCAGGAAGGAGAAUAGAAAUCACCGCCCAUUUUUAAGUUUGAACUCUGACUUGUUUGGACCUGCACUACUGCUGCCAGAAUGAGAAGAUGUGCUCUUCUCCUUCUCUUAUUUUUUUCUCUUCCUCUCCCUCAUUCUUUUACUUUCUCUCUUUCUCUCUCUGCGCAUGGACCUAAAGCCAUUGUAUUUACCAUCACCAGAGAUGAGGAUCCUUAAUCGGUUAUGAUUGUUAACAACAAACGAUGCACACAAACAAACACAUGCUCAUAUGUAACGAUGAACCCUGAUGCGUAAAUGUCGCUCUACUUGCAUCGGUAAAUUCAGCUCAUUCAGUAUAACGUGAUUUUUUUUUUCCUCUCUAUCCAACGGGAGGUGCUUUCUGCAAAAACAUUUCCUCAGUGUUUUCGAAAACAACAUGCAACAAUCAAAGACACGUACAAGUUCCUUAAAAAAACAGCCAAUGAGAUAAUAAAAAUCCCAAGUGGACAUGACAAGGGCUGCUGUCACUGAUUUUCCUGUGCUCAUUUUCUCCUUAAACUGUUUGUUGCCAUCAAAAAAGCGUCUCUCUUUUGAAAACGUUGACCAACUGAUGGUGCGGUACGUGGCGAAUGAGAUCUUUUUUAUUUUUUGGUUUUGCUUUGCUUUUAAUCUGUCCUCUCUAAUCAGUUUAUUGCUUAUUUGUCUCUCUAACUGCCUGUGAUCCCCUUUCACGGAUUUGCCAACAGGUGUACGUGAGGAUAAAGUGAGAAACAUCCACAGUGUUUUGGAAGCCACUGGCAGAUUGAGGGGGAUCGCCAUAAAUUAGCAAUAAGGAUGGUGUUGUUGUUUUUUUUUGAGGAAGCAGUUUUGAUUGGGGUGGGCAGGGGAAAGGGAAUUGAAAUGUGGGGAUCUGUGACGUGGAUGAUAGAUUGCGCCUGCUCAUAAAGUUGUACGGCUCUGAAGGAUCUAAAGAAGAUCCUGAUUGUGUUGAAAACAUGCUCUAACGCGGAUGGAUUUAUCAAAGCAGUACAAUUUUAAGAGAUAUCAGCAGUAUCUAUUGAAUAUUGAAAGUUGUGGUUUUCUUGAACGUAGUAUGGGUAAUUCGAAGAAAGACGGGUUGUGGAGAAUACAAUAAACGCAACUGAAAACGGGUCUUUAGGAUUUUAUGAUGGAAUGAAAGAUGUCAACGUGUAUUUUUUUUUUCUUUUGUGCUAAAUAAAAAGUAGCAGCUGCUGUGAA